AUGUCCGGUCAAGGAGAACACAUCACGACCGACGUCCUGUCGUCGCAGCUCCCCAAGCAGGCUGUUGAUGGCAAUGCUCGCAACUCCCUCGCCCUAGGCGAUGGAGCCAUCGAGCGCGAGAACUCGGUCGACGAAAAGCAGCUGGACGUCCACGUCAGGCCCGCUUCGUCUACCGACGAUGGACUCCACCCAGCCCCGACCGACGAGGAAUCGAAGACUCUCCGCAAAGUCUCUGACAAAAUCCCCAUGGUCAUCUGGCUCCUCUGCAUUGUCGAGUUCUCCGAACGCGCCUCAUACUACGGCGCCAAGACGGUUUUCUCCAACUUCAUGCAGUACCCGCUGCCCGAGGGCGGAAAUGGAGCCGGUGCGCCCGCAGCCGGCACCCAGGGCACCGCUGGUGCGCUUGACAAAGGCCUUCAGUUUGCCAACGCCUUCGUCCUGCUUUUCGGCUUCAUGGCUUACGUCGUUCCCAUCUUUGGAGCCUGGAUUGCCGACACAAGAUGGGGACGCUUCAAGACCAUCGUCAUCGGUGUGCUGGUCUGCUUCGUCGCCCACAUCAUCAUGAUUUUUGGCGCCCUGCCCAGUGUCCUGAAGGCCGGAAGGGGCCUGGUUCCUUUCAUCAUCAGCUUGCUUGUCCUGGCAAUUGGUGCUGGUCUCUUCAAACCCAACGUCGCUCCGAUUCUCCUGGACCAGUAUCAGUACCAGAAGCCCUUCACUCGUGUUCUGAAGUCGGGCGAAAAGGUCAUCGUCGACCCCGAAUCGACCAUCCAGCGCCUGAUGCUAGUCUUCUAUGCCCUUAUCAAUGUCGGCGCCUUCUUCGCUAUCGCCACAACUUAUGCUGAGAAGCGCAUCGGUUUCUGGCUGGCCUUCCUCCUGCCAACAAUCAUCUUCAUGCUUCUGCCUUUCCUCCUCGCCUUCCUGUACAAAAGGCUGAUCAAGAAUCCUCCAAAUGGUUCCGAACUCACUCAAGUGUCCAAGAUCUGGGCCAUCGCGGUCAAGCAGAAUGGCGGCAAAUUCUGGAGAAAGGGCUUCUGGGAUGCAGCCAAGCCCUCGGUUUUGGCCGAGAAGGGCAUCACCACGUUUGCCGGCAAGCCUAUCGACUGGAGCGACAAAUUCGUCGGGGACGUCGUCCGUACUAUCGACUCCUGCAAGAUCUUCCUGUACUUCCCCAUCUACAACCUCAACGACGGUGGUGUUGGAAGCAUCCUGUCGAACCAAGGCUCCACCAUGACCACCAACGGCGCGCCCAACGACCUCCUCAGCAACUUCAACCCCAUCGUCAUCAUCGUCACGGUCCCGCUGCUCAGCCACGUCAUCUACCCAGCACUGCGCAAGUACAACAUCCGCUUCGGCCGCAUCUCGCGCAUCACCUUCGGCUUCACGCUCGCGUGCAUCUCGGGCGUCAUCGGCGCCAUCGUGCAGUGGCGCGUGUACGAGACGAACCCGUGCGGCUACCACGCCACCACCUGCGCCGAGGACGGCCGCGUGAGCCCGCUCAGCAUCUGGCUGCAGAUCCCCAACGUCGCCCUCGGCGCCCUGUCCGAGUGCUUCUGCAACGUCACCGCCUACGAGAUGGCCUACUCGCGCAGCCCCCAGGGCAUGAAGUCCCUCGUCAUGGCCAUCUUCCUCUUCAUGACCGCCCUGUCCUCCGCCCUCGGCGAGAUCCUGACCCCCGCCAUCGUCGACCCCCAUCUCAUCUGGGUGUGGGCCGGCCUCGCCAUCGCCCUGUUCGCGCAGACCGUCGUCUUUUGGUUCAGGUACAAGCACAUCGAUAACGAUGAGUUUAUGACGUACGAGGACGGGAGCGAGGCGGCUUCGGCCAGUAACAGCACUGGAGCCGACGAGUCUGACGAUCGCGGCAGCGAGAAGAAGGUGUGA